AUGGACAACAGUUAUUACGCAUUGACCGAGGAUCAACUCCGGUCCUAUCAGGAAAAAGGUUUCUUGCUCGUCCGGGGCUUUUUCAACACUCGCGAAACCCAGCUCAUACAACAAUGGACGCAGGAAGUACACGAUUUCCCGCGAACGCCGGACGCAACCUACAUGCCCUAUGAGGAAGUCAAUUCCGAAGGGAAAAGAGUUCUCUGUCGCACGGAGAACUACGCCAACUCUCAUGCUGGCUUCGACAGCUUUCUGCGCGGCGAGCGCAUAUUGAGUGUUCUUCAGCAGCUCGCCACCGAGGAUAUGCUUCUUUUCAAGGAGAAAAUUAAUUAUAAGUUGGCCGGCAGUGGUGGCUUUUCUCCCCAUAUCGACGCCAAUGCGUACACCCACGUCAAGAACAUCAAGCACCUGACCGUGCUGGCCGCCGUGGAUGAGAUGACCUCGGAGAAUGGCGGACUGGACGUUGUCGAUGGCAGCCAUCUCAUGGAGGUGCCUCUGGGGGAAGAUCGCUGCAUUGAGCCUGCCUGGGUCAAGAGCCAGACAUGGACACCUUGUGAUCUUCAACCAGGUAGUCCCUCGAAUUCGAGCAACAAAUGGUCACGCACUAACCAGAAUUACUCAGGUGACAUUCUCAUUUUCAGUUCCUACCUUGCCCACAAGAGUGGCGCCAACACCAGCUCCAAAGACCGACGUGCAAUCUAUGCCACCUACAACCGCAAAGCCGAGGGUGAUCUGCACGACCAGUAUUAUGAGGAUCGUCGUAAGCUGUGGCCAGCAACACACAUGCGGAAGGAUGGCGAGACAUACGAGGAGGGUAAAAUGCGAUAUGGCUACGGCUCCCCGAUGCUUACCGUUGAGGGUGAACAGCCGGUCCUAGCGUAG